GGACAUUGACUGAGUGUCCCAGACAAGGCAACCCGGAUGGAGAGCUGGCUCCUGUGGUGGCAGGCCCCAGCAGGCCCCCUGCACCCUCCCGGCUGCCUCGUGGCCCCGCGGCUCCUGGGGUGGCUCCUGGUGCCCUGGACCUUGCAGCUGGCAGGAGGGCAGUCAGUGAUCCACACUGGCCUCCCCAUUGUGGCCUCCCUGGCCAACACAGACGUCUCCUUCAACUGCAAAAUCACCUACCAGCAAACCCCCAAAUUCCAGCCCUUCACCGUCAGCUACUUGCACGUGGAUCUCCAGGGCAGGACUAGCGUCAGGAAGCCCACAGGCUGCCGACCCAGUCUGGGGACCGAGAACCAGACCUACACACUGGAUUGCCACGUCACCGCCAGGCUGCCGGACGCGUCGGCCACAGGCACCUACUACUGCUGCGUCCACUGGCCAAGCUCCACGGUCAGCACUCGUGGCAACGGAACCUUCAUCCUGGUCAGAGACACAGGGUACCAAGGCGCCCCGCAGAGCAUCCAGAAGCCCCUGCUCUUUAGCUUCGCAGGCCUCCUGACUGCCGUGAGCGUGCUGAGCACCGCGCUGCUGCUCUGGAAGAAGAAACAGAGGCUGGUUCCAGAAAAGCACACCCCCAAGAAGUGCUCGGAUCCACGCUCUGCCAGCAGAGCCCCACAGGCUCCCGCUGAAUCCAUCUACACGGCCCUGCAGCACCAGGAGCCGGAGGUCUAUGCCUGCAUCGAGCACCAGGCUGGCAGCCCUCCCUCCGCCCGGAGCCGCCCCUCCCAGGAGAACCCGCAGAGGUUUGAGGACGACAGCGACUUUAACCUGGUCUAUGAAAAUCUCUAGGACAAGUUCUACCAGCCGUGCGUCUUGUCCUGGAUCAGAGGUCGGGGGCACGGGCCUUGACCUGAACCGAAGACCUGGACCUGAACGGGGAGUGAGGUCCCCAGGCACACACCCCAGGGCCUCGCCCUCGCAUUCGAGGCCCCCUCCCCCAUCCCGCACCCAGAGGAGCGCUUCCAGUCCUCAGGCCUUUCCUGGGCUGUCCCAUCAUCCUCUCCUGCUGCAGUUGGCAAAGUACUGCUUGGUCCCUGCAGGCUGGCUGGAACCAGCCUUUCUCUGAAGCCCUCCUCACCCACCUGUGCCAGCCCACAGAUCUGUUUAUGUGGCUCACUUGGUGCCAGCCUGCAUCUUGGUGCGCAGCCCACGGAACCUAGAGAACAUGGCAAGGGCCCCCAUCAGUGCUGCGGGUGGGUGAGAGGUGAGGCCGCUGUGAACGCCCCACCUGCCCAGCGAGUCCAAAGGCAUGAGGUGGCCACACCAGGGAGAGGAAGAGGCUGGCCUGGGAGGCAUGAGAGGCAGACAGGGCUCAAGGGACAGAUAUGCAGGCUGAGGAUGUGACAAGUGGUGGUGGACAGACGAGGCCUGGAGCAGAAAGGGUCCUACGCAUGCUUUAGAGAAAGGGGAUUCUGGCGCGUUGGGAUGUGGCCCUGGCUGAGCAGGAGGUGGGUGAUGGCCGGAGCUCUUCCCUGUCCCCACAAGGCCCCCCGGGGCGUCUCCCCUCGGCCUGGCCCUCUGCGUUCACUGGCCUCCUGCUGGUCGCACUCUGAUCUUCAGGUUGCUCUGCAUCAGGGCCUCAGUGGCCCCUCCUUCCACCCCAAGACCCCACCCUGAAGCCCCUCUCGCUAGCCGUCCUGAGCCCACUGCUGCAGCUCUGUCCAGCUCCGCUGACUUCCCCAUCUUCAGCCCCACCCCCAGCCCUGUGUGUGCAGGCCACGUGGGACCCCGGCCUGUCCUAGCUGCCUACACUCCUCCUCUUUCCUGUGGUGGUCCAGCUGCAUGGCUUGGCACCUCACCUCCCCUGGAUGGGCAGAGGGGUCUCUGUUGCAGUUGAGGCUAGGGGUGAACAGUGAGCCUGACCCAGUGCCUGUCUACUCCUCUGAGAGCGAAAGGGACUCCUUAUCUUACCCUUGAGGCAGCCCUGCAAGGAAAAGGACCCACUGUUUCCUGGGCAGACGGGCUAAGGGUCCUGGUCACCUAGGCUGUCAUAUGAUGCUCCCCUCUCCCCUCCCUGGGCUCUCCCAAUGUUUGUGCCCUGGCGAAUUGGACAAGUCAAUCUCCCCUCACCUCCCGGGCUGCUCUGGAAGUUUCUGGGCUGCCUCAAGGCCACUAAAAUAUCCCCAUGUAGGAUGGGGGACCCAAGCAGUUGUGGGACACCAGCUCUUGGACAGCACCUUCUUCUCUGCAGGUCAGGCCCUCCCUGUGGGGACAGGAGGGCUAAGGGUGGCCCAGAUGACCUCCAGGUGUCCCCAGGCACUCUGCUAGAGGGCACAGGGCAUCCCUGGGCCCAUAGGAUGAUCAUGGGCCUCAGAGACUUGUUUCUGGGCUGCCUGAGCAGGAUCAUAAGGCUGGGAUCCCUUCCCCGUCCAAGCCUGUGUCGGGAGGGCAGCAGAGCCACCUUCAGGUUCAGACUCCAGCCGCCUGAGGGUGGGGCUGGGAGGGGGCCGGGGGGGGCGCAAAAACUGCAGCCAGCAAGAUCAGGAGGCGCCGCUUGGCCAGGCCUGCCUCCUCCGCCUCCUGGGCCUCUCUGUCCUUGACCCCUGGACCUCCUAAUUGGGACUCAGGCUUUUCCAGCCUUCUCCAGAGGAGUGAGGGGACCUUGGCAGGGACUUCACUGUGUGACGCAGGCCCCUCACCAUGGCUCCCUGCUGCAGCCUGCCCUGCAGUCUCUUCUCACAGAGCAGCAGAAGGAUCCCUCCUGCUCAAAACCACCUGUGGUUCCCAUUUCAUUUGGAAUAAAAUCCCAGCUCCUGCCUGUGGCCUAAGACACCCUUGAGGACUGAACUGAAG